GGUUUUCUAUGUGCUAUGUUCCUCCCACGCUGUCUAGCGGCGCGCGGAGAUCCAUCGCGCGUUCCGGAGCUCGGGAGGAGGGAUCUCGUCUCGGCGGCGCAGGAGGAGCAUCGUGAAGAAGAGGUCGAUGACGAGCCCGUCAAGGAGCGGUGCGUGGAGCAGCGAAAUGCCGGCGAUGGCGAGCCGCGGUGCGCCGUGUGUGGGCGAUUUGGGGAGUACAUUUGCGACGAGACCGGGGACGAUGUGUGUAGCCUGGAAUGCAAGAAGGUGGUGGUCAGGUACAAAGAGCUCACUUCGAAUUCUCACAAGGCUAGGAACGAGCAGUGGGAGAUCGACCAGGAAUCCAUCACAGGCGGUCUUUCGAUCCAGGAAGCUCUAGCUCUGAGAGAAAGCAUCGGUGUCUCGGUCCGCGGAGGAGGAGGAGCUCCGCCACCUCCUCCCAUCCUCGACUUUGGACAGUGUGGCUUCGCUCCCAGGCUCAUGGAGAACUUGUCAAGCGCUGGCUACGAGGCUCCCACUCCAAUCCAGAUGCAAGUUCUCCCAGCAGCUCUCGCAGGGCGCGACUUGCUCGUCUCGUCUCACACCGGAUCCGGGAAAACGCUGAGCUUUCUACUGCCGAUCAUCGCCAGGUGCUGUAAGAUCCGGAGUGGAGGUCCGGACGAGGACGACGAGACGUCUCGUCCUCCGCUCGCCAUGGUCUUGACGCCGACAAGGGAGCUAAGCUCGCAGGUGGAGGACCACGCUAAGAUUCUCGCCAAGGGCCUGCCUUUCAAAACCGCGCUGGUGGUCGGAGGAGAUGUGAUGCCGCAGCAAGCGUAUAGGAUCAGGAAGGGAGUGGAGCUCAUUGUGGGGACUCCAGGCAGGCUUUUGGACGUGCUUUCCAGGCACGAGGACGUCAACUUGGCCAAAGUUUCCGUGCUCGUGCUCGACGAAGUGGACUGCAUGUUGGAACGGGGCUUCCGUGAGCAAGUCAUGCAGAUCGUCCGGGCUCUCCCGACCCCGCAGGUGAUGCUUUUCUCGGCUACUGUUCCUCCCGAGAUCGAGAAGUUUGCGACGUCGAUCGCGAAGAGUUUGAUGGUCAUCUCCGCGGGUCCGCCGGGUGCUCCCACUGGUGCCGUGCAGCAGACGGUUGUCUGGGUGGAAACGAAGAACAAGAAGAAGAAGUUGUUUGACUUUCUUCAGAGUUCUUCGCGCUUCCAACCGCCAGGUGUGGUGUUUGUCAACUCUAGACUUGGAGCGGAGCUUUUGGCCGACGCCAUCUCCAAGGUGACGAAGUUGCGGUGCGCUUCGCUGCACGGGCACAAGGCAAUGAAGGAGAGGCGUGAGGUGCUGAAAAGCUUCCUGGUUGGGAGCUUGGACGUGAUCGUUGCUACAGGAGUUUUGGGGCGGGGGUUGGAUCUUCUCAGAGCCACGCAGGUGAUCAUCUUCGACAUGCCAAACACUGUCCAGGAGUACACUCAUCAGCUCGGGAGAGCGUCGAGAUUGGAUGAGCCGGGUACUGCGAUUGCUUUCAUCAACAACGAAAGCAAAGCCCUUUUUCAACAGCUUGCUCAACUCUCCCGGAGUGCUGGAGUUGCUUUACCGAAACCAGUGACUUCUUACGUCCGGCCAAGAAAGAGAAAAGCAAGAUGAAUCAGAAUAUUCACUGGCAUUUUUCUUUACAGGGGCAUUCAUUCGUGCGGCAUCUAGCUACUGCAACAAAACAGCUUUUUUUUUUUUUCUUUGUUCCUCCGAUCCAGUAAGUGAUCCAUUAAGUAUUCUUUUCCAAACCAAACGUGUUCAUCGUUUUUCCACUUUAAUAGUCCAGAUCCUGAACGCGUCGGAGGGACGGCACCGUGAGGCAGCUGAGACAUCCUAGAAGACCCUGGCUGUAAGGUAGCAACGUCUUCCUUCUCAAUUCUUGCGGCUUGUGAUUCUUGCUGUAAUUCUGGAGCAGCUCCCGCGAGGACACAGGAGUGACUUGCCUGGACGCGGCGGAGUUCCCUCCGCUCGAUGAAACGGACGAGCUCCUCGAGUUGGAGAACCUCUGAGACGACGAGGAGUUGCUGGAGCUUCUACUGUCAGUUCCAGAGGACUUGAGACUGCCACUUCUACUGUCGGUUCCAGAUGAAGAUUUGCUGCCACUCCGGCUGUCGGAAGGCUUGAGGAUGGCGAACUUGGUGCUCACGUUGAGGUGGAGCAACUCUCGCAAGCUUCUCCGUGGAGACGAUGGUGGAGGAUGACGAGACCGGCUCCUAAAACUAUUCUCGAAGCCAACCUUCGCAAGCUUGGACGGCGACCUGGAUCGAUGCGGAGAUUGCAAAGGCGAGGAUAGCCGGGGUGGUGACUUGAGCAGCGGUUUUGGAGAUGGAAGCUGGUGGCUGGACAGCGCUGCUCCGGGGCUAAAGACAUCACUCGUCCGUGGACUAAAAUCCUGGAGCUGAAGAGAGAUGGACUUGUGGUGCUUUAAGCGGCUGGGAAGCGUGAGUGGAAGGAUCUGUCCUUGGAAGAAGAGCUCAUCGGCGUGGGAGACUACCGAGUCGGCGUCAGAUAUCCUGGCGGAGCUAAACUCAAACUCGUCGAUCAAUCCUCCAUUCACCUGGUGGUCGAAUUCUCCUCGCUGGGGGCUCACCGGAGCACUGAAGUGGAAUCCCAUUCCCAUGGCUGCCAGAUGAUCCACCGAGUUCUUCAUCGUCGUCCUGGAAGAAGAAGUUGGCGACGAUGACUUUGGAGUUCCUGGACGCUCCUCCCAGGAGAAAGGCACCGCCGCCUCGGCUCCGCCUAGAUCAUGCCUGGGAGGAGGACUCGGUGGCGCGCUGUAGUAGCAGUAGCGGGGACUGGAGGGGGCGCUCACGAAUGGGGUGGAGCAAGCGCUGCUAGCUUGAUCCUCCGGGAAGAAGCUACUCGAGAACGAUGAUCUCCUCCUGGGCGAUCUCAGUUUCUCGAUCGAGAGCUCCAUGCGCUGCUAUAGCGGAGAAGUUCCAGAAGGAAAGAGAGAAAGUGAGAGCCCUCUAUCUCUGGGGAGGAAGAGAGAUGGGCUAUAAAGCAAGGGGAUUGACCCGUGGACCACGGCGGCGCCGCUGGGUCCGGUCGGGCGCUAUAGUGGGGCCUGGCUGCGCCGCUACUAGCUUCCUUUAGAGCGCGCGGCGCCCGAAACGACCGCGCGGUCUGGUGGGAGGUUGGUGUACCGUGCGGGUAACGGUGCGUUGUACCGCGUUAGGUGGAUAUGCCGCCACACACACAGCACUCUUUGUUUGACGAGUU